AUUGUUUUGGUUCAUUGUGUUAGCACGAUUUGUGCUCAUACUAGCUGUGAAAGUAUGUGUAGCUGAUUAGCGAAUGUAGAGAUGUCCUGUCCUAAUGCAACUGCAAUAUUUCCUUUUGCAUGAAAAUAAUGGCCUGAGAUCUCUCAUCACGACGAAGGAGUUUUCCAACGCAUUUGCAGCUACAUGAGGAUGCCAUCGGCUGCACUUCUGGACUCGCGAUUGGUGCGUCGACUUGCAUUGCAGGUGUCCAUAAUGCUGCGGGACAGACAGGCGGUGAUGGUGUUGCUGCGUCGGAUGGUGCUGUCCUUGUACCGGAGGCGUUACUGCCUCCUCUUCUGCGGUGUCCUGGUUGGCGCCUUCGCUACCCUCUACGGACUUUUCGUCUACGGCGUCGUCUGUAGCAACGUCCAAGUUUGGAAGCAUGUGCACGAAAUUUGCAAGCAAUACAAGGAGGGCGAGGUGGUCGGCAACAUGUGCCAUCCGCUUUGUGAGGGCAGAGUGCACUCUCUCAGCUGCCAGCCACUGCACUCUGGCAAAGAAGUCGUUUUUUCCGCCGUGCUUGAUGGGGUUCCUCUUGUGUUCAAGUCAUCAAGAAGGAAUUUGCACACAAGAACUGAGGUUUACGCAGAAGACAGCAAUUCAGGCCGGCAUCUGUAUCCAUCUGAGGACGAGUUCGUGAAAAUGGUUGCCACCCUUGUGGAAAACGAGCUGAACGUUUCAGCUACAGAGGAUCAGCUGUCAAAGCUGAUCCACCUCGCCCCAGUCACCCCAGAUCCUGACCUGCGACUCACAGAGAUGAAAGACCUUUGGAGGCUGCUGCAGGACCACGAAUACCUGGCUGUCAGGAUGUUUUCUGAGCAAGAAAUCCUACCAACCCUCAUUGGCUCUUGUGGAGACGUUUUUGCUGUGGAUUUUGCAGAGCCUCUUGCAGGAGGUGGCUUGUGGGAGCACGAAGAUGAGGUGUGGUCGGACCGAUUGCGCAGCGCUGUGCUUAUUCUUGAGCUGAUUGAGCGGCUGGAGACAACAGCCCCGGCGCCGCUACGUCUGUGUGACGUGCGUCUAAACCACCUAGGCCGCUCAUUCGAUGGCGCCAAGGCUGUCGUUCUCGAUGGCGAUUCUCUAGUCACGCAGUCAGUGGCUGACACGCUUGCUGGUGAUGGCAGCAUGUGUCUGGACCACGCUGACUGCCACUUUUUCGACUGCCACGCUGCCUGUGAAGACUCGGUUUGCGUUCCUCCCUCCAGUAACAAUAACCUGCAGGCCAUCUGCGAAAAGGUUUUUCUGGGUGCAAAGUGGGGCGGCGCCCUUGUGAUGCCAGGGUUGCUCGCGUCUCCGCACGCCUCACCUGCUCUAGCCGCCCUGCUGCGACUCUGCGCCCACCCGCACGGCGAAGAGGGUGUCAAGCACGGCACCCCUGACGACAUUCGAGAUAGACUAGUCGCUACGGUUGAGGAAAUGGUCUACGAAAUCGACUUGAACGCCUGAAUUUAUACUCUUGCUUUUAUACUUUGCCGAUCGAGUUUUCAGAUUUUGGACCAAGUCUGUUCAAACUUCAAUUUUACGCUUAUGAGUAUUACAACUACUCAAGUUUUGUUGUUCACCUUUCCGCUCUCCUUAUAUAUCUCUGCUCAAAAUGUAUCUCUGCUGCUUGCAUCUCCAAAGUUCAAAUUCUUGUAUUUCAUGUAUCAGCCUCAAGAUGUAUUAGUUUGCAGAUAGAGUGGAAUCUUUUCCAACGACCAAUCUGAUUCUCUCGCGUACAAAAUAGCUUCAGUUAUUCGGACCAGCUGAUUCAAUCAGCUCUCUAAUUUUUAUUGCAUCAAAAAUAUAUUCAAGACAUUUCUCUUAACUUGGUAGCUACGUUUUCUUGACGCUACAUCAGUACAACUACAACGCAAAGGUUUUUUAAAAGAUAUAGUUUUUCAUAUCAUUAGAAUCAGUAUUAUAGCUGAUUUGUAGCUUUUCUCGAUCAGCAAGGCUGUUGAUUUCCACUGCUAUCCUACCGAACAAUCAUUGACUGUUAACAUAAGUUGCCAAACCAAAGCUUGAUAUAUGUGUGUUUGCUGCACAGCAAUUUUUGCUUGAGCGCUUCUCCCAUACCUCAUUCGUGCAGCACCCCAAUCGAAGUGAUCACGCGACUUGCUAGUACAAUUAAUCCCGAACAAUGGAAGCUACGCGCCAAUACUAACUAUAUUGGUUCUCUCACAAUAAAAAUCCCUAGUAUUAAGGCCGAAACUGCAAUAUGAGUGUCUUAACAAAACUAAUAACCACGUGUGUCAAUGAGGUGUUUACAAAUUUGAUAUAUAAUGUGCUGUUUAGGAAGAAUCGUAUAAAUUGUGAUGUGAUCAUGCUUAAAUUUUGAUAUAUUAACGCUCGUGUGUCAAACGCGCUGUAAUGUCUAUAUUUUAAACAAAAUCCUUUCGUAUACUGGUGGCCCUUUGUACACUUUUCUCAAUCCGUGUUUUAUGUGUAGCUUUUUACACCAUCUCUCCAGCCUGAAAUAGGCUGCUGCUGCUCUUGAAUGAGUUCUUGUGCGUGCUAUUGAGUUGAUUGAUAUUGUAAUGUGCAGAAAUCAAGCCAUCCUAUAAAUUAUACACUGUAUGUUGAGCUUUUAAUAAAAAAUGCUUUUCACCAA